ACUCCAGCACCAUCUUUAGUAUGGGCGCGCUCCGUCCCCAGCGCUGAGGUGAAGCCCCUCAGGAGCCAUAUUUGCUGAGGUCAACCCCAAAUAAAUCCCAAAUCAGCACCUUCACCAACCCCACACUCAACCUCAGCCCCCCCCCAAAGCCGCGUUCACCCCACGGCAGCGCUUCACCCCGCUCAGGGCCCGCUCCUCCCCGCGGGUCAGCUGACUGUCUCCGCUCACUUCCAUCAUGGCCGCCCUGCUGCCGGCCGGCCCGGGGGGGAGAGGAGGCGAACGGGAGGCGUUGAUCCUUCUCCUGUUGUGCUUCGCAGCCGUGGAUGGAGCGGAGAGCUCGGAACCGCCGCCCAAGUGCGAGGAGCUGCGGCUGGGGCAAUAUAUGUGUGAUGAGCCUAAAAUAGACAAUAGCACACAGGAACCAAUGAAUUGCACAAAUCACACGGCAUAUGUUCAAUGCCUGCCAGCACCAAAUAUUACUUGCAGAGAUUACCUUGGCAUAGAGAAAGUCUUUACUGGACAGGAAGUUGGAUUUUACAAGCCUAUUGCAUGUCGUAAUGUUAAUGGAUACUCUUACAAAGUGGCAGUGGCUCUGUCCUUAUUUCUUGGAUGGCUGGGAGCAGAUAGAUUUUAUCUAGGCUAUCCUGCCUUAGGCUUGUUAAAGUUCUGCACUGUAGGAUUUUGUGGAAUUGGCAGCUUAAUUGAUUUCAUACUUAUUUCAAUGCAGAUUGUUGGACCUUCUGAUGGCUCUAGUUACAUUAUAGAUUAUUACGGAGCGAGGCUCACACGGCUCACUAUUACCAACACAACGUUCAGGAAAAUGCAGACCUACCCUUAACCCUGGCAGUAAGUGUCACAUACGCAGAAGCGCGCCUUAGUUUUACAGAUGGAUGCAGUCGUCCACUGGAAUAGCUGAUGACUUAUUAAUGACACUUCGUCAGAACUGAUUAGACACACGUUGAACAAAGAUGAUAAAAUAUGAAAAUUCAUCAAGUGAAUGAGUUUACCACAAAGGAGCCAAAGGUUUCCUUGCUCUGUUUCUGCGAGCACGUAGCUUGUGGUGAGGUUGUGCCAUCGUGAAAUAUGCAGACUUUUGCAAUUUGCACCAAUGUUAUUCUGCAUCUCAGUGUAAGUUAAGGGGUCAUAGGGAGGGAAGGAGGCUGUUCUGAAGAGCAGCAUUGGUCUUUAGCCCACUGAAACCAAUGAGAGUUUUAGCACGGAUGGGCCAGGAAUGCACUUGGGUCUGUUUUCAGAGCUGCAUGUAUCACAGUUUGGAAAUGAACCCAAACCCACAGAAAUGACCUUUCUUUCUAUCCUGUUAAGUAAAGUCCAAGUGUCCCAAAAACUUGCGCUGGCACAACAUGUGAAAUCCUUUUAACUGAAACAAUUACUUCUGUAAUGUUUGAAGAUAAACUUGAGGCAAGCUGUACAGUUUGAUCAGCGCUAAUCAACAGUAGGGACGUGUCUACUUAAAAAACAGUACCCUGGGUGACAAAAUAGAAGGGUGACCAUUGGGGUGCUCUGAGGUUAGAAUACAAUGUAGCUGUUCUGCUUAUUCUAAUUUUUUUUUAAAUUAUUAUUAUUAUUUCUUUUCUAUUAUUUUCCCACCCUCCCUUGCAACCACCCAUAGUAAAAUACACACUUCCUUUUUUUCUGGAAAGAAAUGUAUGCAUCUGUUUUACAGAUACAGAAUGUCCAAAAGGUGAAUUCUUUGUUUGAAUAAAUCCCUUAGAAGGUUCUUCCUUUUAAUCAGUUGUGUUUCUGUGAAAUAAAUCCUGUGUCCUUCAAAGCAUUUUGACCAAAUUCUUUAGGAUAGCCAAGAUUUACGUGGAUGUUUCUUCAAAGAAAAGUAUAUACACAGAGACAGAAAACGUGUCAACAGAAUCUUGAUACUAUUUGACCAAUUUUAAACAUUCCCUUCACCUUUUUAUGAAAACCAGCAGUAACUGAAUGACAAAUCCACACUAUAUAAAAAGCAUAGAUUUUCUUCAAUACUCUGGGCUAUUCUUUUGCUUUUCAGAUGAAACUUUCAAAACGUUAUUAGUGUCUGCAACCACUACUUUACAAAAAUGAGAUGCUGGAAUUGAUUUCUAAGUGCACAGUUGUUAGUCUCUUUUAAAAUCACAUUAAGACUUGGUGCACAGGAAGCUUUGUAAAAUAAAAAUCCUGUUUUGCUUUCCAAAUCAGUGAAACCCAACACACAUGACCUAAUGGGAAUCAACCACAUGCAACACUUUGUACUUAACACUAAUUCUUCCCUUCACAUGAAAAGACAUCAUUUUGGAAUACUUGGUAACAUACUCUACUUGUGGGUUCAGAGAGAGAAAAAUACUCCAUUAGCUUCAUUCACUUGCCUGAUAUUUGUUGCGUCUCCCUUUUGUCUUUCACCAAGUUCUCUUUAUGCAUGUCAGUUUUGGUUUCUGAAAUGAGCACUUUCAAAACCAGACAGGAAGUGGAUGGAAAAUAAAUGCUUGAAUCAAAUAAAAUCCCAUGGCUCAUA